AUGCGGCUGGCGGUCGCGGAGGCGCGGCGCGAGGCGCAGCGCGCACAGCGCAACACCCUGCUCCAGCGCGUGGACCCCGCCCGCCUCGGCAGGAUGCUGGCGGCCCAGGCACCGGGCCAGCCGGGGUCCAAGCGGGCGCGCCAGGCGUGCGCGGCGGCCGACGCCGCCGACCGCGAGCGGGGCCUCGUGGCCCGGCUGGCCUUGGACGGGCAGCAGGGCGAGACGCUGCAGCGUCUGGCUCAGGGCCUCAGCGUCGACCCAGCGCUGCUGGCGGCCUGCAAGGCGCCCUCCGACGCGCCCUGGGCACGCCACCUGGCGGGCGCGGGGGCGGCGUCGCCCUCGGACCAUCCCCUGCCCGGGUCCAGCCAGGGCAGCGGGGAGCCCGCCUGCUCGCCCGAGGGCCCUGGUGUAGGGGUGGUGGACCUGCUGACGGGGGACCCCUGGACGGGGCAGAGCGUCGCCCUCCGAUGA